CCCUCCCCCUCAACAACCCCCUCAGAAACCCCCUCAACCACCACCUCAUCCUCCUCCUCCUCCCCCCCCACCCCCGCCUCCCGCCCAGCAUCCGAAGAAUUCGACCCCCCGCUCCCCAAACUCUGGACCCCCCAAACGAACCUCAAACUCCUCCUCGGCGGCACGGCCUUCCUGGCGCUCAGCAUCAUCACCACGCGACGCGCAAUCCGCCGGCGCCGGGUGGCCGCCAUCCCGCCGUUCUACACGAGCGCGCCGUACCACAAGCCGAGCGUCAGCGGGGGCGUGGAGGCCUUCGAGGCGCUCAACCUGGCGACGCUGAACGUGCUGGCGUUCGCGAUGAUGAGUACGGGGGGCGUGCUGUACGCGAUGGACAUCAACAGCGUCGAGGAUAUGCGGCGGUAUGUGCGGCGGGCGUCGUUGACGGAGGAGGAGGCCGCGCGGGGGGUGGGGGAGGGGGAUCGCGAGAUGGAGAGGGAGGUGGAGGCUUGGGCGGCGAAGGUGCUGGGGGAGAAGUUUGGGAAGGAGUUGAGGGCGCAGCGGGAGAGGGAGUUGGCCGACGCUGAGAAGGGGGAG